GUUAGGUUGAACAGAGACGGAGAUGCUGUUGGUGUGACCGGCGGCGGAUGAACCGGAGUGUGUCGGUGUGAAACAGAGAGAAGACGGUCAGUGAGUCUCCGGUGGUCGCUCCGGUCCUCAGCGGUCAGUCUGAAACUUUUACCCGGAUCAUGGUUCAACACACGGAACAUGGCGGACCUAGGAUUCACAGCGGGUCCCGGGAGGCGGCGGACCCGGAGGACAGCGAGCUGCUGGCGGCCUCUGUGUGCGGCCCCGUGCCGCAGAAGGCGGACUGGUGUAAAACGGCCUCCGGUCACAUUAAACGGCCGAUGAACGCCUUCAUGGUCUGGUCCAAGAUCGAGAGGCGGAAGAUCAUGGAGCAGUCACCGGACAUGCACAACGCCGAGAUCUCCAAACGGCUCGGGAAGCGGUGGAAGAUGUUAAAGGACACCGAGAAGAUCCCGUUCAUCCGGGAAGCGGAGCGGCUCCGGCUCAAGCACAUGGCGGACUACCCGGACUACAAGUACCGGCCCAAGAAGAAGCCCAAGACGGACGGCUGCGCGUUUCCUACCGGGAAACUAGCGGCUCAGUCCCCGGAGAAAACCUCCGUCAGGCCGGUUUAUAAGAAGAAACUCUCCAAGUUGAAACCCAGUAAACCGGUAACGGGUCCGGGCCGAGCCAUCAGCCUCCUCCCGCAACACCAGCACCCGGACCCCCGGUACCGGUACGUGUUAACCACCAGCUUCAAACCCAACAAGUUCGGUAAACGGGACUUUACCGACGACGAGGAGGAAGAGGACGAUGAUGAAGAUGAUGAUGGAGGCGACUCGGAGGAGGAGCGGGAGUUUAAACUGGAGGAGGAGGAUGAGCCGUCCCGGUACAGCCUGGGUCUGAGCUCCGCCGCUGCCGAACCGGAGGGAACCGGCAUGUACGAGUCGUCCGGUCGGCUUUUCUACAGCUUUAAGAACAUCACCCGGCAGAGCACCGGCACCGGGACCGGCUCCUACCCGGCCUCCUUCUCACCCGCAUCCUCGUCCCGGUCCUCCUCCUCCUGCUGCGGGGAGGACCUGGACGACCUCCCGGCGGAGAGCACCGACUUCACCCUCAGCCUCCUCGCCGGCCUGCACGCCUCCUCUGAGCCGUGGAGCUCAUCGUCCAGCUCGGCCCCGGGGAACCUGGGUCUGUCCCUGGUGGACCUGGACCUGGACUCCUGCGGGUCUGAGCGCACCCUCGGGUCCCACUUCGACUUCCCGGAUCACUGCACCCCGGAGCUCAGCGAGAUGAUCGCCGGAAACUGGCUGGAGGUCAACUUCUCUGACCUGGUGUUCACCUACUGACCCCCCGAGAUGGACUCCAGGCCCGGGAGGGUCCUCAUCCUUCAGCCGGCUCAUGAGCCCCGGAGCCGGUCAGGGAGCGACAGGGUGACGGGCUUGCUGCUGCUCGGGAUCAGUGUGCGGGGAGCGGCUGGACACACACACACACACACACUGUGGUGCAGUAAACCACCUCAGCAGGUUUUAUGGAUUCAGUUUUUGUUGUGCGGAUCAGAAACUGAUCCGGUUUAUGCAGACUGACCUCUAAUGACCUCAGACAUCAGGACGGACACCUCCGUCCCUCCAGCUCCACCUGGACUCCUCUUGGACUCACCUGCACCCCUUUUGGACUCCUCCUGUAGGACUGUUUUAUGUGACUCAGUUUUUUAUUUGCUGUCUGAUGUUAAGCUCCAGGAAACCUUAUUUUGAUAAGAACAAACAUACCUCAUCUUUUUUAAGGAGUAAAGAUAUUUUCAGGAUUAUUUUUGUACAGUCGGAUUUUCAGGCACUUGUUGUGAAUAUAAUAAUUAAUCUGAGUUAUGAACAUGUGACCGACCUGCUGUUGUUUUAAACGUGUUCAGACAGGAAGUCAGACCUUUAUUAUGAAAGGGAGGAAGUUGUAUAUGUUGUGUAAAAUAGUUAAAGUUGGAUUUUCUGUUACAUGUUUUAUUUUUGGCACGUUUGUUUUUCUCAUCAUUUUGGUGCAAUAUAAAGAAAAGUGAAAAAUUAAAGGACCAACAGAUUAUGAUUUUUUUUUUUUUGUAGCAGAGAAACUGCGUUAACAUGUCCUUAUGAUGAAGUCUGAAUGUUGACAUCUGAAUAAAUCAGCUGGGACUGAGUCAGGUUUGA